GUAGUGUGUGAAUCGAAUACACGUGGUGGUUUCGUCGUCGGGUCGGGUUUUAUUUUAUCGCAAUAAUUCCACUUCCAGUGAGAAACGGCUCGUGACGGAUGAGUGAUGGCUACCUCAAAUUCGAUUUCAGGAUUCACAGUUCUUCCAAUCCAGUUGAACGUGAAGAGUAAAGCAGGACAUGUUCUGUAUUAUAGAGAACACAGAGUGAGAGAAGAAGACAUCACUAAACCAGCGAACAGAACACUCUUUGUCGUUAAUAUUCCACCUUUCUGCAACCAGGAAUGUCUUGAGAGACUGUUUGAACAUUGUGGGACAGUUGAGAGCGUCGUCUUGCAGGACAAACCCACAUCAUCACACACUUCAUCAGUGAAUUCCUCUAAGUAUUUCACCUCUCCUUCAGAAAAGUCAGAGGGUUUCCAGUUUGCAUUUGUAGUAUUUGAGAAGUCCUCGUCGUUACUGAAGGCAAAGCAGCUACCAAGCAUGUUAUCCAAGCCAUUUUUGUUAUCAACAGAGAAUCGCCCUAUCCUGACUGGUUACAAAAAGUGGUGUUCAGAGUACUCAAAAGGUCGUCCAAAUUCAGAAGAUCUCCAAAAAGAUAUUGACGAUUUCAUGCAAGAUCAUGACACCAAAGUACAUGAGGCUGAGAAGGAAAGCGAGGCACAAGAGGGCGUCCCAGAUGACGAGGGUUGGGUGACGGUAACGAGGAAGAGCGCUAAGCCAGCCGUAGCAAGAACUGAAAAGAAUCAACGACGACUACGAGCCAAGGAGAGGAAGAAGAGAGAGAAGACAGAGUUACUCAACUUCUAUACCUUCCAAAUGCGGGAGACAAAGCGGGAACAUAUUGCCGAGCUGCGCAAGAAGUUUGAGGAAGACAAAGUGAAGAUAGCCGAGAUGAAAGCUGCAAGGAAAUUUAAACCUUUCUAAGUAUCGCAAAAGUAAAGUGAGUUUUUAUAUCAUCUGCAAUCUUACUGCCUAUAAGAGAUAGAAUACAUUGGCUUCAUGUACAUGUACAUCCAUUAAAUCAUGUCUCAACCAGAAACAAAUCCAAUUGGUUUAAAGGAACACAUGGCCUUGGAUUGGACGAGUUGGUCUAUAAAAAGCA